UUAGGAAGCGGACACAUUUCGUAGGAUACGCACAGUGCUGGAGGUUCACGAUGAAAACCACUGUAGGGAGUUUACGUAUCGUAGUCCUAGGUGAGAAGAAGGUUGGCAAAUCGGCUAUCACUGUUCGCUACCUGACUAAGCGCUAUAUUGGAGAAUACAGUUCCGGUUCAGACUUCGAGUACACUACCGUGGUUAACAUUGGGGAUGAACCGGUCAAGCUGGAGAUUCUGGACACUUCCGAUAGCCAGGAUGGCUUGACGGAGUCCACGCUGAGGAGGUACCAGGCCGACGCCUUCAUCGUCGUCUACAGCAUAGCUGAUGUUUCUGCUGCCGUCGCCGUCCAGACCGAGCUCGAGAAAAUACACAGAGGUCGUCAAUCGCCACGAAGUGCCGUCACAAUACUCGGCAACAAGCUCGAUCUAGAGCACUUUCGGCAAGUGGAAGCAGACGACUUCCGGCCUCUCGCUCAGAAGUACCAGUGUCGCCAUGUUGAAAUAUCCGCCGCCGAAGACUUUUCGAGCGUAUGUUCUGUUUUCGAAGGACUUUUGUCAGACGCUUUUGAGGCGCAGAAACAAAGGUCGAAAAAUGUUAAAAGGAGGCGGAGUAUUUUAGGAAAUAUGUCCAGAAAGUUGGGCAACAUGUUUAAAAGGAAGAGCCUAGAAGAUCUUCUCUUAAAAAGGCGCCUGUCGCCAUCCAGGCAAAGUGCAAGGCGAUCAUUGUGAUGGAUUGUGUUUAUAUGAAACUUUGAUAACAUUUGAAGCGGUAUGUUUUUGUCAGGAAACUAAAGCAGACCUGGAAUUGAUAUAAUCUAUGACAAGUAUCACGUAUUUGGUCCUUAGAGAUUAUCAUACCAUAUACUCAACAUUACCUUAGAUGAAACGUUGGAGAGGAGAAUGACACUAUGUGUGAUGACAAUCUGUUUCCGUCGAUGACCGUUCACGUUUGACCAUGGAUGGACUGGACACAACCAGUAUGACCAGCAAGAACGACAGGGCUGAUGAGGCGGUCGUGGUUGUUGAGGCAGUCCCCGGUAUGUUUCACAGGGCCGACAUAUACACGCUGGAGAAGACGCUCAUGGCGAUAUCUCCUCGUUGCUACGGGCACCGUAUUUCACGUAACGGCUAGAACAUAUUUCCUCAACAUGUUCUUCCAAAACAGUAUGGACUUUUUUAGUUGUUUUAUACAAAUAUAUAUAAUUUAUGUUACAUAUUUGUAACGAAACUUGUAUAGAAGAAGUGCAAUAAAAU